AAGAUGAACCCGUUAACGAAAGUGAAGCUGAUCAACGAGCUGAACGAGCGCGAAGCCCAGCUUGGGGUGGCGGAGAAGGUGUCCUGGCACUCCCAGUACAAGGACAGUGCCUGGAUCUUCUUGGGAGGACUUCCUUAUGAAUUGACUGAAGGGGACAUCAUCUGUGUCUUCUCCCAAUACGGCGAGGUUGUUAACAUAAAUCUGGUACGGGACAAGAAGACUGGGAAAUCCAAAGGAUUCUGUUUCCUUUGCUAUGAAGACCAGCGGAGCACGAUUCUGGCUGUUGACAAUUUCAAUGGCAUUAAGAUCAAAGGGAGAACUAUUCGAGUGGAUCAUGUGUCUAACUAUCGGGUUCCUAAGGACUCAGAUGAUUUGGAUGAUGUGACUAAGCAGCUUCAGGAAAAAGGCUGUGACAAUCCCAUGCCUUCAGUCAGUUUAUCUGAGGACUCUGAAGAUGACAAACCUGCCAAGAAACACAAAAAAGACAAAAAGGAAAAAAAGAAAAAAAAGAAAGACAAAGAGAAGACCAACCAGGAAGUAUAGCCCAAGCUACCAGUCUCCUCUUCAUCACCCAGAAGGAAGACGUUAAAGGAAAAGGAUGCCUCAGAUUCUAAAAAGCUCAGCAGCAAGAACUCUGAGAUGGGCCUGAAGUUUGAGUCCAGGGAGGGGCGUAUG